GCUGACAACCCUUAGAAGACAGUAGACACAAAGUUCCAGCUGUUUAGCUUUUCUUAGACGAAUUUUAACGUUGUGGUGUAAAAAAGGAAAUAGUGGUAACUACUGGGAUCGAGUUAUAUUAUUGUCCUUAACCGUCAUCAUGCCGAGAGGUGGGAAAAAGGGCCACAAGGGCAGAGGGAAGCAAUUCAGCAAUCCUGAGGAGAUAGACCGUCAGAUGAAAGCACAGCGAGAGCUGGAGGAAAAUGGUGGUGUUGAGAAAGAGGUUGCUUCCAACUCCGAGGAGAGUAGCAGUGAUGAGGAGUCUGAGUCUAGGAAGAGGAGCGGUGUGGAAGGAAUCAUAGAAAUUGAGAACCCCAACCGUGUAUCUCAGAAAAGCAAGAAAGUGGCCGAAGUAGAUGUUGAUGCACCUCAAGAGCUGUCUCGCAGAGAAAGGGAGGAGAUCGAGAAGCAGAAAUCUAAGGAACGCUACAGGAAGCUUCACAUGGAGGGGAAGACGGAGCAGGCCAGGGCCGACUUGGCAAGACUUGCUAUCAUCAAAAAGCAGAGGGAGGACGCUGCUAAGAAAAGAGAUGAACUCAGGAAAGAUAAAGAGACCGAGGAGGCCAAAGCAAAACGCUAGUCAUCUGUCCGAGAACUUCAACAUGCACAUCAGUCUCAGAGGGAUGGAGAGAGGACAGGGAACAAAUUUGGAAUAGUGUCAGAACAUGGCUGCUCCUGAGCUCCAUCCAGUGCUUCCUUGUACCACCAGAGGGGCAUGGGACUUUUCAUCAUGGUGUGGUCCAGACAGACAAAAAACGGGUGAAAUCAUAAAGCGGUGAAGAGAAAUGCAACAUUUGGAAUUCGUCUGCAGUUUUAAAGAGACUGCUGCAGCUUUUCUAUGUGCUACACACACUCUUUACUCGUACACCAUAUUAAUUCUUAGAGCGGCUUACAUUUGCAUUCCUGUUUGUUUUUUUUCUCUUGUUUCAAAUGUUUUUACAAGGUGUUGACUCUUAACAGCCGCGACUUUUCCCUGCAUCCGACUUAUUUUUGUCGGAACGCAGCAAUAGACAGUAAAAUGUAUACGAAAGAAAAAGUAGAUCAAGCUUGUAUUAAUUCUUUAUGAAGUGGACUGAAUGUUUACUCUCCGCAGAAGGAAUAUACUUGAACUACGUAUUGUUUUUUCUCAAUAGUUCAACCACUUAACACACCACUUCUGGAAAGCCUCGCAUCAAACUGACUCAGUGACUGUGGCCUUGUUUCUGCAAGGAUCCGCAGUCCUUUUAUAGAACGGAUUUUGUCUUUUUUCGUGAGACCACAUCACUGGCUUUUACCUGCGUUAGAUAUUUUUUACAGUUGAUUUUCACUCACUUGCUCAAACAAAACCCUCACUUGUGUUAUGCAUUUUUGUAUCUGACAAGCUAAGUAUUUGUAUGCAAAAACGUUUAGUGGAUGGUCAACAGUCAUCAAAUACAUUUCAACACAAGUAAGAGUUAUACAGUAUAGAUAUAAACAAAUCAAAGCUCAAACUGCAGCAUCGAUACAAGUUCCUCAAUUUUUUCCCUCAUGUGUUUGAAGUCAUUUAAUAAAGAAAUUCAUUCAUAUAUUCA